CAGACAUCCCGCAGCUCCAUAAGUCUGGGGGAAGAGGAUGGUUAGCAUGUUGUUGCUGUGGGGAUUUGAGUCUUAACUCUCUGUGUUGUUAAUGCUGGGCAUAUAAUUUUAAAACUUGCAUGCUGCAGAAGCAGAUAAUUAUUUCCCUGCUGCAUUUUAUACUGUGGUUUGGGAAAGCAAUACAUUUCAGAAUAUUAAAAGAAAGGAAAAGCUACAAUUUGGGGAACUAUUGGAAAUGGAAAGAGAAAGAGGGGAGUAAUGGGUGUCAGUCUGGUUAUCAGUCAAGCUGGAAGGAGACAGCUUGUUCUGUCGAACACCAAGAAUGUCAGUAGUCAGCCAAUCACUUAUGCAGGAAGAAAACCAUAGACUGAAAGGUGUUUGCGAGGGCAGCGUGCUGGCCGGGCCGGGGGCUGCCAUGCUGCUGGCCCCCGCAGCAGGCAGAUAGCAGAGAUGGCGGCCUGAGGGCGCCGGGCCCGCGCGCAGACAUGGCCUUCGCCCAGUCCCACAUCAUGGCGGCCAGGAGGCACCAGCACAGCCGGCUCAUCAUCGAGGUGGAUGAGUACAGCUCCAACCCCACACAGGCUUUCACGUUCUACAACAUUAACCAGGGACGCUUCCAGCCCCCGCAUGUGCAAAUGGUUGAUCCGGUGCCCCAUGACGCUCCGAAGCCUCCAGGAUACACACGAUUUGUCUGUAUUUCUGAUACUCACUCAAGAACUGAUCCCAUCCAAAUGCCAUAUGGAGAUGUGCUAAUACAUGCUGGUGAUUUUACUGAGCUGGGGCUUCCUAGUGAAGUAAAAAAAUUCAACGAGUGGCUAGGUAGCCUGCCCUAUGAGUACAAGAUUGUGAUAGCAGGAAAUCAUGAAUUGACCUUUGACCAGGAAUUCAUGGCUGACUUAAUCAAGCAGGACUUUUACUAUUUCCCCUCUGUUUCUAAGCUGAAGCCAGAGAGCUAUGAAAAUGUACAGUCUCUUCUAACAAACUGCAUCUAUCUUCAAGACUCUGAAGUGACGGUGAGGGGAUUCAGAAUAUAUGGCUCCCCUUGGCAACCUUGGUUUUAUGGCUGGGGCUUUAAUCUUCCACGAGGCCAAGCACUAUUAGAGAAAUGGAACCUUAUUCCAGAUGGAAUAGAUAUUCUUAUAACACAUGGACCACCUCUCGGUUUUCUAGACUGGGUUCCUAAGAAAAUGCAACGAGUAGGAUGUGUUGAGCUGCUGAACACAGUCCAGAGACGAAUACAGCCAAGGCUUCAUGUUUUUGGACAUAUCCAUGAAGGUUAUGGUGUCAUGGCUGAUGGAACCACCACCUAUGUGAAUGCAUCUGUGUGCACUGUGAAUUACCAGCCACUUAAUCCACCUAUAGUUAUUGACUUACCUACUCCAAGGAACACAUGAUUAUAAUGAGGAUUUAAAGUUGUACCCAACACAUAAGCAACUUUAUAUUGCUGGCUGAGAAUCCCAAUAGGGAACCAUUCAACAAAAAAGCAAAAUCCUUUUUUUCCCUGCUAGCUCUUCACAGAUAAAUUUGGAGUAACAAAAGUGGACAAGGAAUAAAGACAUUUUGGUGCCAGAACCAGAUUAAAGACUAACAUUUCACCAUUAAAAUGUUUGUGAACACGGAUAAGUGAAUGCAUUCCACAUAUAUAUAUAUACAUAUAUAUAUAUAUCUAUAUAUAUAUAUCUCUAGUAGGAGCUUUUGUACAUACCGUAUACUGGACUUUAUUAAAAGAACGAUGUCUUUCAAAGGAGUGUUUCUUUAAGAAAAUUUGCAGUUUAAACGUAAGUGUUUAGACUAGGAUUUCCUCAUUUCAGAUGUUUUUCAGUGAGCUCUUGUUAAAAAAAAAAAAAUGAUGGUAAAGAUGUUUUCCCUUAAUCAACUUGGCAAAUAUUAAAGAUGAUGCACAAAUGACCAGUCACAGGAGGAAAGCUAUUUCUCCAAGUCCUCCAGGUCUAAGUCUUUGCAUCUAUUCAAAACCAAUGCAAUACAGGCCCUAAUUCACUGUACUGAAAUGAAGUUUUACUACAUCUGGCAUUACAGAUGGCAAGGGAAAUGGUGCAUAUUGCCAGCAUGCUGUAAACAGCUCAACAUUCAAGAAGGGAGACUGUGUUAAGUGCAGUAUAAACUCAGGAAUUUGUAAUCUGGCCUCGCCUGUUUAAAAAGAAAAAAAAAGAUGACAUUUCCCUUAAAAAAAAAAGAAAAAAAUAUAACUGUGUUUUCAUAUGGUAAAGAGAUAUGUAAUUGUAUUUAAGGAAAAAAGAAAGAGAAAGGACCUGCAAAGAGCCCACCCAAUGAUUAGUAAUGGUAUUUUAAAUAAAACCUACUGGGACCAUUGGUUUACAAACUGCUAAUGGGACAUGCAGCCAAUGAUGAGAUUACUGGUUUCAAUUUGGCCCUGGUCAGGAGUGGUUAAAUGUCAUUGUGAUCAUUUUGUCCUUGGGAAACAUGGAUGUCAAGGGAAGGUAUCAACCCAAGGUGUGGUUCAAGCACUCCCUUUUGGGUGGCUGUGAGUGACAGGUACACACCAAAGUGUGCAGAGCAGAGGUCACCUCAGGGGACCUGGUAUUGCUGUUCGCCCAUUCGUGGACACUGCUGAGAGAGGCUCAGCACAAACCCAGUAGAAACCCUCUGUUGUGUUGCUUUUGGCACCAGACAAAGCAGGGAAUGUGGCAGGAGCUGGUUGGGAUGGUCCACAGUCAUGCUCCUGCCCGUGCAGCUCUUCUGCAGGGCUAGCAGAGUUAUUGAAGCUGCUGGGAUUUCAGUCCUGUCCUAGGCAGAAGUUUAAGAAUUGAUUAGAAAGCUACCAAAAAAACCCCAGGGAUUCAGACAUGUCCUGCAAGAAAUGGAUUUCUGUCUUGAACUAACAAAUACGUCCUUUUGACUUGAUGGAGAUAAUUUAACUGCUGUAUUCUGAAUGUGGGCAUCCUGAAUUUGGGGCUGACAGCAUCUAGGCAUUAAUCUUGUUCACACACAUUGGGCACACCACAGCACUGCCAGCUUAGAGCUGAUUGCAGAUUUAUGCAUAGCCCACACCUGCAAACGUGCAUUGGAGAAUUGUGUGUGUUACCUGGAUGUAAAUGUGUUUUAUGUAACAGCUGCAUGUACAUUAUACAAAUAAACAAUUUAAAAUACCUGUGUUGCAAAA